AACUAGGCUUUAGGUAUUUUUUUUUUCUAUGGUGUAUCAUCUUACAUAUCUGUACUCAGUGAUUGUUAAGAACAUCGUUCACUUCGUUCGUGCAGUAUUGGAAAAAUGUCUGCUCAUAAAACGUUUAUAAUCAAGCGAAAGCUUGCCAAAAAGUUGAAACAAAACAGACCUAUUCCUCAAUGGGUUAGAAUGCGUACUGGUAAUACCAUCCGGUACAAUGCGAAGCGUCGUCACUGGAGAAGGACUAAAUUGAAGCUGUAAUUUAAUCUUAAGAUCACAUUGACAGCAGUCCUGUUAUAUUCAAUGAUUUGACACUUCAAAUAAAAUCUUCAAAUUUAUCUUGA